ACUCAAUCAGUUCAUUUGCUUGGUGGCAUUUCAAUUAUUAAGUUGUGUUUUCGAAACUUUAAGUUCCAGUGUGACUAAAACUAAAUAUUAAAUGGAAAAUAAGCGGAAAGUUGAUAGCAAAAAUAAAGCACCGUUCUUCGGCGCUCGUCAUGUGCAAUGUAUUCUAAUAUUUCUCGGAACCGCUGCUGCGUUCACGCAACGCGUAAAUCUCUCGGUAGCGAUAGUAGCAAUGAUGGAUAAGAAUUCCACAAAUCCCAAUUUUGAGGAGUACCAAUGGUCUGAGCAGACAAAAUCCUACCUGCUCAGCGCUUUCUUUUGGGGUUAUUUUGUGACACAAAUACCGGGCAGUCAGUUGGCGCACAAAUUUGGUGGUAAAAUAACGCUGCUCCUUAGCAUAGUACUAAGUGGACUUUUGGCUUUACUUACGCCGCUGAGCGUGCGUUUGGGCGAUUGGCAACUGCUCUUUGCGCUGCGUUUGUGUCAAGGUCUCUUACAGGGUAGCACGUUUGCAUCUGUACACACACUACUCUCCAAAUGGAUACCAGCCGAGGAGCGUAGCUCACUUGGCACCUUUUGCUACAGCGGUAUGGCUUUUGGUACUGUGCUGAUGAUGUUCGUCAGCGGUUGGAUUGCCUCUUCCACAUUCGGUUGGCCAGGCAUAUUCUAUUUUGCUGGCAUACUCAGCGUAAUUUGGGGUUUCAUUUGGUACUUUGUCGGCGCUAACACACCAAGCGAAUGCAAAGCAAUGACUGAGGCAGAGCGUUUGUAUAUUGAAACCGCAAUUGCGACAACGGCUAAACCGGAGACGGAGAAUGAGCAAGUAACCAUGAAGACACCUUGGUUGAAGAUACUCAGCUCUGUGCCUUUCUGGAUGAUAUUGCUGACGCAGAGCACCUACGCAUGGGGCUAUUGGACACUGAUGACACAAAUCCCCUCAUAUAUGAAGAGCAUACUGGGACAAGAUAUCCAGAGCAAUGCGCUCAUGUCCGCAGCGCCAUAUCUGGCUGAUUUGUUGUUGACAUUCGUAUUUUGUUUUUUAUCUGGUUUUCUGAUUAAACGUGGCUACAUAAGUGUUGUUGUCAGCCGGAAACUGUUCAAUACUAUCGGAUUUUGGGUGCCUAUAGUACCGCUUAUACUACUCGGCUAUAUGGGCACCGAUCGGAGCGAGUUGGCACUGAUUUUGCUGAUCAUUGCUGUUGGUGUGAAUUCAGCCGGCAAUUUGGGUUUCCUCAUCAAUCAUAUUGAUUUAGCUCCCAACUUUGCUGGUGUCCUUAUGGGCAUGGCGAAUAGUGCGGCAAAUAUUAUGAGCUUAUUGGCCCCACUGACGGUGGGCUUCAUUGUCACAGAUGCGAAAAAUGUGCUGCAGUGGCGUAUUGUCUUUUACAUUGCUAGCGGCAUGUACUUCGUUGGCAAUUUAUUGUUCAUCUUGUUUGGCCAGGCGAAAAUCCAGGUAUGGAACUAUCCUAAAACACGGCUUCCACAGCGGGAUGAGCGCGUUGGUAUUUGACUGGAAACUAGCAGAAUUGAGACAGAGAGUAUGUGAAGCCAAGCCUCGCCUUUUUACCGUAGAACACUGCCGCAUUUAAGAUUAUUUUGUAGAUGAUAAAAUAAUUGACUCUAGAAUUGCUCUAGUAGCAAUCGUUGCUGUCUUCAGCAGCCUGAAUUUAAAAAAUUAAGAAAGAAAUCAACUCAAACGAACAUUUAGAAUCGGUUAUGUUAAUAUAACUGUUGAUAACCAUAUUGACACAUUCUUAUCGAAGAUAAAAAUACAGUUUUGUUCAAUGUUA